AUGAAGCUGGUAUAUUUCCUGAAGAAAUUACGUAAUGAACAAGUAACUGUGGAGCUAAAGAAUGGUACAACUGUUUGGGGUACCUUACAAACUGUGUCGCCGCAGAUGAAUGUUACUUUAACAGACGUACAAUUAUCGCUGCCUCGAAGUACUUUUAAUAAUGCAGGGUCAAAUGCAUUGGCUGGUGUAUAUCUGGCAGAUGGUCAAACUUCGACGAAUUCUGCUGGUGGAGGAAUGGCUAAAACUACCACAUCCCUUCAAUAUAUUAAUAUCCGUGGUAAUACAAUUAGACAGAUCAUAUUACCUGAUUCUCUGAACCUUGACGCCCUGCUAGUGGACGAAGACCAGUUGAAGAAACUGAGGAGGAGUGGGAAGAUUACGAAUGAUUCCAAUAAAAAGAGAAGGGCAGACUUCGUCAGCAACCCUAGUAAAAGAAUUAGAAGAGGAAUUUAA